CGGAUUCAGACGUCACAAGCACAGGAUCAAUCAUGUUACGGACACACAUACCAGACAGUUAGAGUUUGUGUCAUUUCUUGUUAACAAGAAGAACCAUGGAUCCUUUUUUUAGUGGCCAAGAUGUGCCCCGAUGUGACCUUUGUGAGACUGCCAUAGUACACAGCUACUGUGACUUUUGCCAUGUCAACCUGUGCAAGCCCUGCAUCGGAGAGCAUAUCUUAGAUGAAUACGACAAACAUAAAAUAGUCCUAUUCCAGAAACGAAGAUCAACCCUCAUUUAUCCGAAAUGUGGAACACAUCAACACAAAAUUUGUGAAUUACAGUGUGAAGAUUGCAACAUUUUUGUUUGUUCUUCCUGUACUGCAUCAAAACAGCACAAAGAACAUAACUUCAUAGAAGUAACAGAAGUUUACAAGGCACAGAAAGAAGUAAUUAAAAAAGACACAAAAGAGUUGAAGAAUAAUAUUUCCCCUACGUACGAAGAAAUUGCUCUUGACUUGGAAAAACAGCUUGCCAACAUGGAUGGAGAAUAUGAGGAACUUGCAACAACAAUUUCCAAGCAAGGAGAGCAAUGGCACAAAGAAAUCGACAUCAUCAUCAACAAAAUGAAAUCCGAAAUCGGCGAGAUAAAAGUAAAACACAGAGACAUUUUAAAGAAACAUUUAGAUGAAAUCAAACAGAUUCAAUCUCUCAUAACACAAACGUUUCUGGCUUUAAGGAAAAUUGAGAAGUCCACUGAUAUGUUUCCUACCAUUGAAUACAGCUCUAAGAUCAGAGAGUUCCGAAAACGUCCACCGAAGGUUCAGGUAUCCCCUCCAAAAUUCAUUCCAAAACCAAUAGCCCAAGAAAAUCUGUAUAGUUUGUUUGGACAGAUCACUUGUUUAUCUACUGCUAUUGUAGAAAGUGUCUUGUUGCAAAACCAAUCAAACACUUCAAACAAAGAACUACUGGAUGAACCGAAGCUUGUUGCCACAAUACAGAAUGGGUAUGAAAGUCUGCGCAGCGUUUCUUGUCUUGAUGAAGACAAGAUAUGGAUGAGUGGGCUGACUAAGGAAAUCAAAUGUUUUAACAUCAAAGGUGUCUUACUUCAGACAAUCGAACAAACGUCAGGAUUGUUUCCUAAUGAUAUAGCUCUAGACAGUGAUGGGGAUCUUUUAUACAUUAAUGUGGCAACACAGACAAUUAUUAAAGUAAAAAAAGGACAGACAAAAGUUUUUAUCAAAUUGCAGGGUUGGAUGCCACUAAACCUGUGUGUCACCUCAAUUGGUGGUCUACUGGUUACCAUGUGCAGUGCUGAUGAAUCUUUAUCCAAAGUUGUCCGCUACUCGGGAUCUAAAAAGAUACAAACAAUUCAAUAUGACAAAGACGGUAAAUCUCUGUACUCGGGGAAUGCUGUCAUUAAAUACAUCACUGAGAACAGAAACCAUGACAUUUGUGUAGCUGACUGUUCGGCUGCUGCUGUAGUGGUGGUCAAUCAGGACGGGAAACUCAGAUGGAGAUACACCGGUCAUCCCUCAGCUACCAAGAAUAAACCAUUUGAUCCAAAAGGUAUCACAACAGACAGUCAGAGUCGUAUCCUGACAUCAGACUUUGACAACCAUUGUAUCCAUAUUCUGGAUCAAAAUGGACAAUUUCUCCUUUACAUUGAUAAUUGUGAUCUGAAGAAUCCUUGGGGUUUGUGUACGGACAAUAAUGACAAUCUGUAUGUGUGUGAAUUUUUCAAGAGCAUCGUAAAACAAAUCAAAUAUUUAGGGUAGACUAUCCAUUCUUAAAAUAUGAUUUAAAAUCUGAUGUAAUAUGCGAUGUAAACCAAACGAAAGUUUCCUUUUUCUGAGAACAUGUACAUUGUAUUUCAUUCAAUUUUUCUUUCCCUA